GCUGAUGCAAAAGCACUGUAACUCUCCUUGGCUUUUGAGUAUUGACAGUGACAUGACAAUAAAACUUGUGGUCCACUCUGGAAAUUGUAAUCAUUCACCAGUAGAAAUCAAACAAUAGACAAAUAUAUCAGUGAUUCUGUCACAUGGCAGCAAAGCACAUCGAAUUACUGUUUAGUCCUAUAAAAGCCAUAUAACGUUACUAACUCAAAAUAUAGUGUGUUUGUGCGGGUUGGUGAAAGAACUUUGAAGAAAAACAUUAAUUGUUCAUAUCUUAAUGAGUAUAUAAACUAUGGGAACCCUCCAAGUGUACGUCCAAUACAUAAAAAGUACUUAUGUCUCUGGUCCAAUCAGAAUACACCUGUGUUGGUGAGUGAGCAAAGCAAGGCAUGUGGACAUGUGUAUAGCGAGAUUUCCUAAUUUACCAACCGUGAAGUCUGUCCACUUUUGGAAAAACCCUUACUACUAUUACGCUUUCCCUCAAACCUACUGGUUUUGGCAGAGGGUUAACAUAAUUUAUACACAUUUUCGUGUCUGCUAAAUCAUUUACCCUACCAAGUGGAGUGAAGAAUUCAUCUCAAAACCGCCCAAAUCAGCAGGAACGCAUUUGCUGGCGGACCUGAAAUGAAGCCACAGCCAUUGAAUAUGCCACAUCUGGAUAUCUGGAAUUGAUAGAUGAACCUAACUCAGGAAGACUCCACCAUGUGGUCCCUGGAGGGACUCCCAUCUCCAGGUUCAAAUGUAACCGUACUGAUGACCCGAGUGAACUCAAAUCCACUCUGUGUUAUGGUGGAGUUUUGGGGGAAUUUUAGCAAGGAGAGAAGGCUUUUAUAUGAGCAGAUGCGAAAAGAGAUUCAGUGUUGUGGAGAGAGAUUUCAGGAGGCAGAAGGGAGCCCAGGAGACCUGUGCUUGGUUCAGAUAUGUGAAAAAUGGUACAGGGCACGUGUUGUUUCAUGUCUAUCCUCCAAUUACAGUGUGUUUCUUUUUGAUGAGGGGAAGACAUUGAAUGUCAAGACUAACACGUUGGCCUGGGGCAAGAGAGAGCAUUUCCUUCUACCUCCGGAGGUGGAGUUAUGUGUUCUUGCCAAUGUUUUACCAUUGUCUCCUGAUAACAAAUGGUCUCCCAUGGCCUUGGAAUACCUGAGAUCUCUUUGUGGUAAGGUGGUGACUGCGUGUGUUCAGGAAGUCUUUGUGUCUCAGCGGGCAUUUCUCCUUGAUAUCCCAUGUCUUUCGCGUCAGAUUUUGGAAAUGGGUUUUGCCAAAAAGCUUGAACCAGAGAGGUUCAGAGAGUUUGUUGUUCAUACUUUGCAGCCCUCAGGCAGUGGCUCGACCACAAAGCUUUCAGUCAAUCAGUCCAUGAGUGACAAAUCUACAGAUGUCCGGCACCUGGAGACUCAACUGAACUACAUGUACCCAGAGCUGCAACCUGAAAUGGUGGAGACAGUUGUUGUGACGGAGGUCACAAAUCCCUCACGUAUAUUUUGUCAGCUGAAAGUUUUCUCACAGGAGCUAAUGAAAUUGACAGAGCAGAUCACCAAGCAUUACGAGGGAAGAGUUGGAAUGUGUCCACCGCCUCAAACAUUGGGGUCUCCAUGUGCAGCUAGAGGACCAGAUGGCAAAUGGUAUCGAGCAGUCUUGCAGCAAGUCAUGACGUCUAGCAAUGUGGCAGAGGUGUUACAAGUGGAUUAUGGAAAGAAACACUUCACUCAAAUUGACAGCAUAAGACAUCUGGCUGCAGAAUUCUUCAGAAUGCCUGUUGUGACCUAUGUGUGCUCGCUCCAUGGUGUUAUUGACAAAGGUGUUGGAUGGACUGCUUCUCAGAUUGAGUAUCUGAAGUCCCUGUUGUUAAAAAAGACAUUGAUUGCUAAAUUUGAGUAUCAAAGUCUCUCAGAGGGUGUUCAUUAUGUGACUCUUAUUGGGGCUGGAAGCAGGAACCUCAACAAAGACUUUGGCACACAUGCUGAAUGUCUCAUAGAAUCAGAGAAGAUCCUUGAAGACUUUAGCAUUAACAAGAACACAACUCAGAGGUUGUGUCCACCCAGCCUUGGUGAGGAAAUGAAAAGCAAGUCAAAUAUGCCCAAAGAGAGCCUUCCAGUAAACACGACACACAAGGCUGUAGUGCAGUAUGUUGAAAGUCCAUCUGAAUUUUGGGUUCAGACUCAGAAGUAUGCAGAUGAAUUUGACCAGAUGAUGAAUGACCUGACAGAGUUGUACUAUGAUCCAGCAUCUGCAGAAGGACUAAUACGAAAUCCAACAAUUGGUCUGUUCUGUGCUGCAUCGUCUAAAGAUGGUUCUUACUACAGAGGUAAUGUUCGUGAAAUAGACGGCAAGCAGUUGUUGGUGUAUUUUGUUGAUUAUGGAAACACAGAGAUUGUGGACAGUCUAAGCCUCCGUCAUUUGCCUUCCAAAUACCAAAGGUUGCCACCUCUUGCAUUGAAAUGUGCUCUAGUUGGGAUCAAACCGGUCUGUGACGGUUGGAGUGUAAAGGCACUGAAUUUUUUCUCAAACUUUGUCAUGGACAAAGUUCUUGACCUUCAUGUUGCUGGCAAAAUGGAUGACAAACAUGUUGUUCAGUUGUCUGAUCCAGCAGUAGAUGGUGAGAAGGACCUGUGCCACCUCAUGUGCAGUGCUGGGUUGGCAAGGAAGGGAGAGGCCAUUACCAAGCCUGUUUUCAGACCACAGACCUUACUUCAAGAUCCACAGGUAAAAAUCAUUGAGACCAAGAGUGAGGCAUUGUCAGGCAGUGGGGCAGCAGUGCCCAAAGCAUCCAGAUCUGCUUUCAAAGAGUACUUGUUUUCAAUUGGAAGCUCAGUGGAGGUUAAUGUGUCCCAUAUUGACAGCCCAAAUGACUUUUGGUGCCAGAUUGCCAGAAAUAUAGGGUACUUGAAGUUGCUUAUGCAAGAUAUUCAGUGUCACUAUGCAGACAGUGAAUACGAGGAACUCACUGAAGCUGCCUGUGUAGCUCGUCAUCCUGAAAAUGGAAUGUGGUACAGAGCUUUGGUCAUUUACAAACACCAGACCCCUCAUGUUGAUGUACUUUUCAUUGAUUAUGGACAAACCAGGAAAGUUCCUCUGCAGGAACUCCGUCCUAUCGGACCGUCCUUUCUGAAACUGAAUGGUCAAGCCUUUCGAUGCAGCUUGUACAACCUCAUUCAUCCUCUAUCUCACAACUCUCAUGAAUGGGACUCUAAUGCCACACAUCUGUUCCAAGAGUUUGUAGAUUGUGCAGCACCCAUGAACAUUACACUGAAGUGUACCAUAUAUGCUGUAAUGUACGACAUGCAGAAAGUGGUUUUCAAUGUGGUGGACUUGGAAACCCCAUUCCAGAGUGUGUGCAGUCUUCUAGUUCAGAACGGGUUGGCUCUAAGUGCUCCUCCAAAGAAGGCUCCUGUCCCACCAUUUCGUUUAGACACCUAUUACUACUCAACGCACAAUCUCAAAAUGGGGUCUGAAGAAGAGCUAAUAGUGACCACAGUGAAAAGUGUGAAUCAGUUCUACUGCCAGCUUGGUAGGAACUCUGAGGUGAUAAAAGAGCUAGCUGACAAAGUCCACUUCCUUUGCCACCAGCUGGAGGCUGUUCAGUGUCCAAAGACAUUUGGAACUGUCUGCUUUGCAAAAUACACAGAUGGGGAAUGGUACAGAGGGCAAAUAAAAUCUACCAGCCCAUCUAUUGUGGUAAGCUUUGUGGAUUAUGGGGACACCCUAGAAGUGGAGAAGUCAGAUUUGCUUCCAAUCCCCAUUGAAGCUGGUGAGAUCAUGUCUGUGCCUGUUCAAGCUAUUGAAUGUGGGCUUUCUGAUAUCUCUGCAGAUGUCCCAAGAGAUGUAAACACCUGGUUUGAAAGGUAUGUGAUUGACCACUUCCUGAAAGCAGUCAUUGUGGCAAAGGAACCAAAUGGGAAGCUAUUGGUGGAGCUGUAUGAUGGAAAAUCUCAAGUUAAUUCCAUGCUUAAAGAGAAGUUUGCUGCUGAGAUGCAGAAAAUAAGACGGGAUGCUGCCUUGGAGCAUGACACCAGGAUUUCCCAGAACUUUGUGGGAGGAGAUAUGGCCAGGUUUGAGUCAAACGCACAAGCCAAUGAUUACCGGCAGAGGAGACAGGGCCCUUUCUACAGAGAUGGGGAUGUGAGAAAAGUAUUUAAGCCCGACUCAAAUUCUCAAGUACAUGAAGUCUGGCAAAAGCAACACAGCCCCACACACAUCCCAUUCAACAGAGGAGAUGCAGGGAGAAAUUCAACCAAGUUUGAGUCAAAAGCACCAGUCAGCAACACAGAAAUAUCAUUUGAUCGAGGUGACGGGCAAAAUCUGGGUAACCUUUAUUCAAGACCAAAGGCAGAUGUCCCGCGAAAGCAAGACGAUCCAACACCAAGCUCACUUGGCUCAGGACAUGGGGGGAAACAAAUCACAAUGGAACCAGGAAGAGCAUCUUUCAGUGAUGUGUCAGUGUCAGCAGAGUUCAGAGUAAGGUCAAGCAAACCUGCAAAAGACGGUAUCCCUGAAGCAUGUCCUACACGACCUAUUGAGGCUUCCAUUGUCUCCUCAUGUGAACAGGUAAUUCCAAAACUGUCAGAUCUCCCACCAAAGUCCAUCAUGCCUAAAAUGGAUUUGGAAGUCUUUGUGUCACACUGCAACAGUCCUUCAAGUUUCUUUGUACAGCUUGUCUUGGAUGAAGAUGACAUUUUUUCCAUGGUGGAAAAGCUGAAUAAUGGAAAAGAUCCUACACCCCUCUGUGUGAAAGACAUCCGAGAAGGGGAUUUGGUUAAUGCAGAGUUCCCAGAGGACCAAUCCUGGUACCGUGCUGUCAUAAAAACACAAAUUGGGAGUGACUCUUUUGACGUAGAGUUUAUUGACUUUGGAAACACUGCAACAGUGUCAUCUUCAAAAAUCUGCAGACUUGCCCAGUCGCACUUGGGUCAUCCCAGGCUUAGCAUUCAUUGCUUCCUGAGUGAGCCCAUGACCGUAGGCAGUGAAAGGUAUUCAGAUGACUUCAGCAAUGAGAUAGAUGGGAUUGAUGGAGUUAUAAAUUGUACGUUUAUUCAAGAAAAAGAAACCAGGUGGGAAGUGAUCCUAGUGGCAAAUGGCAAGAGACUUGGAUAUGGCAUACACACAAGAGACUCAACUGCAACAUCUGAUUUGCCAACAGGCAAGGACUUAAGUCCAAAUCAAGACAAUUCAUUGUCUGAGGGUGCCACUCAAGCUUUGGAAGAAGUUGUAGUUUUGUACAAGAAAGCUGUUUUAUCUGAAGGACAAACUCUAGAUGUGUUUGCCUCCUCCAUCAGCGGGCCUGAGUACUUCUGGUGUCAGUACUCAAAAGCAGACAUGCUCCAGGAGAUUUCUGAUCUUGCUCAACAUGUGGGAAAUGCUCCUGAACUCAAAUCUGUUAACACAGGGUCACUUCAUGUUGGGAACGCCUGCUUGGCUCUCUUCGCUGAUGAUGAACUAUGGUAUCGAGCUGAAAUCCUGUCAAAAGAGGGAGACUCUCUCUCCGUUCUCUUUGUAGACUAUGGUAAUGAAUCACAUGUCGAUGUUGGCAAAGUGAGAGCCGUCCCUCUGCAGCUACAAGAUAUUCCCCCUCAAGCCUUUCUGUGUCAGCUGGAUGGUUUUGACCUCUCUCCGGGUUCCUGGAAAGAAGGUGCUGCCGACCAAUUUUUUGAGCUGUUAAAUGAUAAACUCCUGAAAGUGACAGUUGAAAAACCUACACAGUUGGAGGAUGGAAGGACAUCGUACAUAGUCAGGGUCGAAUUUGAGGACCAAAUCAUCAGUGACAUGAUGAAAGGGUGCUGGUGUUCAUCCUCUGGCAGUGGUGAGUCUCCUGAAACCACAGAGGAAUCCGCAUUAACUGAGCCAGCAGCUCCUUUCCAGUCUAUCCUUUGUGCCUCUGACUUGGAGUCUGUUGAACCAUCUGACCAUGAAAAACUGACUUGUGAUAUGGAACAUUUGCCACAGGAGGUUUUUGAUUGCCCAGUUGCUGAACUACAAGCUCAAAGUAAUCUACAGGAAUUCUCAGAGACACUAGAUGAUGAGUACGCCAUCCCUGUGUUGCCUAUUGCUGAAAAUCUCGAUGUACACCUAGAAGAGGAAGCCCAUGAAAAAGAUCCGGUGACUGCUGCAUCUUCCUGGAUCUUCCAAAAGGAAUCAGUCAUGCCUGUGACAGAAUCUGCUGAACAACUUCUGAAAGAUGUUGUCCAAAAACUCAUUAGCGAUGCUUUGGUGAUAAGUUCAGCUCAAGCCUUUGACAAAAAUGAUCUGGAUGAAUUUGCCAGCAGCACUGUAUUCAUCUUGGAGGAGGAUUUAAGUGAAAGUACUCCUGUACUCUGUAUUGAUGAAAGCUAUGAGAUGUCUUCAACCUCACAUGAUCUGGGAGUAAAUGGGGAUGAGGACAGUCAGGCAUGUGAAGAUGUACUCGCAAAGUCUGCAGAGACAACUGGAGCAAAUCCUGAAACUGGAGAGGAUGCUCUUGAGGAGGAAAGCGCCAAUGAAGUUAUUGAGUCCAAUUUUGGCAAACUGAGAAGAGCUGCUGGAAAUGCCAAUGUUGGAGGAGAAUGCAUUGUCUGGUCCCAAGCUAACCAGAACUGGUGCCGUGCUAAAGUGUUAAGCAUUUACAAAGAGACUUUCCUGGUGUUGUUACUGGAGGAAGAUUCUCAAAUGGCAGUUGAUCCACAAAGCAUCUUUGAAGCCAUUCCAGAAGAGCAAACCGAGAGUUCACCUGUAGACACAGAUGCUGCCUUGUCAGAUGAUCUUACCCAAGACACUCAAGUGGAAACUGAUUUAUCGGUAGAUCCUCCAGAGUCUGUUUCAGAUGAUGAGGUUCAGCCAGAAGAGUUCCAGAGUGAUGACAAUGCAUCAUCUGACGACCAUGGGCCUGUUGAGGAACCCAGUUCCAUCAAGGUCAAACUUGAGUCUUAUGAGGUACAGGCAGAUUCAGUACCUUCACCCCAACUGGAAGAGGAUCUGCCGUGUGAAUGCCAGGCUGAUGUGGAUGCCUUAGUUGACGUAUCAGGAACAGCAGAACUGGAUGAGGACCCUAAUGAUAUCCCCGAUGCAGUGGAGCCUCUUGCUGCUGAGGAACAGAUUGAGGAGUGCCUGAUCACUUUGGACGCUCCAGGUGAAGUGGUUCCUCCUGCAGUUGAAAAGGCCCCACUGGAAGAGCCUGAGAGCACUGCAGAACAGAACCAGGAACAACAUCAAGAAACUGCUCUGCAUGCUGAUCUCCCAAGAGAAGAGGAAGAGGUUCCACUGCGGGAAAUCCAGACAGAGAGCUGUUCUUCAGCUGAAGACUCUGGGAGCACCGAGCAGAAUACAGAACCCCAAGAGAGAGUCGUUGAAUUAUUGGAAGUUUUACAUUUUUCUCCAGAUGAGAAGCAGAUAAAAGCUGAAAGUGAUGGUGACCACGAUGAUGAGCAAGGAGAUGCUGAUCAAGUGGAGAAAUCAAAUGAUAUUCCUGCUGAGCUGGAUCUAAUUGACCUGACCUCGGACACUGAAGACUCAGACACUGCUUCAGAUGAUACGGUGAAAGAUGUCAGUGAGAAUACGGAGAGGAUCAAAGCUAUAAGCCAGUCCAUGGAGGAUCUCUUAAGUGGAGUAACACACCUUAGCCUACGAACAGAGACCGCGUCUGAUGACAGCGACGACGAUGUCAUAUUCGUGUGUGCCAUGAAGAAGACUCCAUUGCCAGAAGAGUGAUGAUUGACUACAGGUGGAUGUGCUGUUCAUACAGAGAAGUUGAGUUUUCUUUAUCAGUACUCUUAGAAAUUAAUUAAUGGGCCUUUCUUUGGAUAUAGAAGAAAUCUGCAAGUUCAGUGGAUAGCUUGAUUUUUUUUUUUUUUUUUUGCAAUGGUUAAUUUUUUUUUUUUCUUUCAAUAUCUCCACAAAUAAAAGCCAUUAUGUUUUUGGCGAUGUGUUUCUAAAAAGGAUAACACUGCUGAAUUCUUGAAGAGAUAUAUCGACUUUAAUAUAGUGUUAACAUUGCUGUACAAAGGUUUGUUGUUCUUUAUCUUUAUGAUGCCAAUUUUGAAGGGUCAUAUCUCUCAGGCUUUUGACAAUGCCUUGUUCUUUGUAAAUUAAAGACAUUUUUGAAAUGUUUAA